GACGUAGUGAUUGGACAGAGCCCACAUGAGGAAGAAGACAACAAAUGAAAGAAAGAACCCACAACAGAAGGAAAAACGACACCGUCUUCCUCUGCACCAGCCACCAGGCCAUAGUUCUUCUUGCUCGGACUGAUCGACUACAAAACCCACCACCACGUACCCCAUUUUCCAAAAUUCCUUGCGAGAAAAUCACAACCAAACAGAAAGGAAAAAACCCAUCGAAACAAAACCAUGUUUCUCCAAAAACUCCAACUCCCCUCCACCCAAACGGUGAUCUCUGUAGCGGCCUCGGCAGCCGCCACCAGCGUUCUCAUCCGGUCCCUGGCCAAUGACUACCUCCCGCGAGAGCUCCGGAGCUACGUCCUCCUCAAAAUCCGCACCCUCUUCGCCUCAUUCUCCUCCCAACUCACACUCAUCAUCGAAGAGUUCGAGGGCCUCAACCACAACCUCCUCUUCCAAGCCGCCCGGGUCUAUCUCCGACCCACCGUCUCUCCCAACACAAGGCGCUUCAGAGUCACCAUGCCCGUCAAGGAGACCAAGAUUUCCGUCACUAUGGAAAUGAACGAGGAGAUCGUUGACUCAUUCGACGGCGUCCAACUGAAAUGGAAGUUGGUCUCCAAGCAAAUCCCGUCGAAGUGGGUAGCGGGCCCGGGCUCCGAUCCUUAUAAUUACCACACCACGCUCAAGUCGGAGCUCCGCUACUUCGAGCUGAGCUUCCACAAGAAGCACAAGGACAUGGUUUUGCAGACCUACUUGCCGUAUGUCUUGGAAAAGUCCAAGGAGGUCAAGGAAGAGAAAAAGACGUUGAAGCUUUUCACAAUGAGACAUGAUCGGGUGAUGGGGAGGAGAGGGGUCGACGAGUGGCAGUCGGUGAAUCUUGAUCAUCCUUCGACUUUUGAGACCUUAGCAAUGGAUAUGGAUGUUAAGGCGACGAUUAUGGAGGAUCUUGAGCUGUUUGUGAGGAGGAAGGAGUUUUACAGGAAGGUUGGGAAGGCUUGGAAACGUGGGUACCUGUUGUUCGGGCCGCCGGGUACCGGGAAAUCAAGCUUGGUUGCAGCCAUGGCGAAUUACCUUAACUUUGAUAUCUUUGACUUGGAGCUGACUGAUGUUAGGCGUAAUUCUGAGCUCAGGAAGCUUUUGAUCUCCACGGCCAACCGAUCGAUACUUGUGGUGGAGGAUAUUGAUUGCUCUAUUGAAUUGCAGAAUAGGCUUUCGGCAGCCAGGGCUGCGAAUCCUAUGAUGUUUAAUUCCUCUAAUCAAGGACCACAGGUGACUUUGUCAGGGCUGCUUAAUUUCAUAGAUGGACUGUGGUCAAGCUGUGGUGAUGAGCGGAUAAUAGUGUUCACAACCAAUCAUAGAGAUCGGCUGGACCCUGCUCUGUUACGCCCCGGUCGAAUGGAUGUACACAUCCACCUAUCCUAUUGCACCCCAUGCGGAUUCAAAAUGCUAGCAUCAAAUUACCUUGAGAUUACAGAGCACCCACUUUUCUCAGAUGUUGAGCAGUUGAUGGAGACGGCGAAGGUGACUCCUGCAGAGGUAGGUGAGCAGUUGCUGAAAAAUGAAGAACCUGACAUUGCCCUAAGAGGCCUAAUUGAGUUUCUUGAAAGGAAGAAGAGAGAAGGUGAUGAAACCAAAGCUAGUAAAGAGGAAGUGGUCGCACCGGCAGGAGAAGGUACACAAGAGGUGGAGGGCAAAGGUGGAGAAGAGACAGAGGAGGGUCAGAAAAGCCAAGAAAUAUGAAAGAACCAGUAACUUGUUAUUAGUAAGGAACAUAAUUGGAAAGAUGGUAUCUAUGUAAUAAAGAGAUAUGCAGGUAUCUCUUAGUAGAAUUGUACUUGCCUACUCUUACUAGAAACUCUAUAUAUAGUUUGUGGGUUUUGUCAUGAAA